UCUGCCCGUCCUGUUCCUCGUAGGAAUAAGGAGGCAAGCUAUUCUCCUUUCCAGAAACUGGGAAGGAGUGAAGAAGGUUGUAAUGAGUGUAGUCCCCACUCCGGUCUUUAGACAGGGCUAUCCAUUCUUUGCCUGUCCCCACAGCUCUUCCUGCAGACUCUUUUUUCCUGAGGACCCUGUUAAGAUUGUCCGAAGCCAAGGGCAGUACCUGUAUGAUGAGCAAGGGCGAGAGUUCCUGGACUGUGUCAACAACGUGGCUCAUGUCGGGCACUGCCACCCUAGCGUGGUCCAAGCCGCACAUGAACAGAACCUGGUGCUCAACACCAACAGCCGAUACCUGCAUGACAACAUUGUGGACUAUGCCCAGAGGCUGUCAGAGACCUUGCCGAAGGAGCUCUCUGUGUUUUAUUUCCUGAAUUCUGGGUCAGAAGCCAAUGACCUGGCCUUGAGACUGGCUCGUCAGUACACAGGACACCAGGAUGUGGUGGUGCUGGACCAUGCUUAUCACGGUCACCUGAGCUCCUUGAUUGACAUCAGUCCCUACAAGUUCCGGGACCUGGAUGGCCAGAAGGAAUGGGUCCAUGUGGCUCCUCUUCCAGACACCUACCGGGGCCCUUACCGGAAGGACCACCCCAAUCCAGCAGAGGCCUAUGCCAAUGAGGCGAAGCAUGUGAUCAACAUUGCACAGGAGAAGGGCAGGAAGAUUGCAGCCUUCUUCGCUGAGUCUCUGCCCAGUGUGGCUGGGCAGAUCAUUCCCCCCACUGGCUACUUCUCCCAGGUGGCAGAGCAUAUUCGCAGGGCCGGAGGGCUCUUCGUUGCAGAUGAGAUCCAGGUUGGUUUUGGCCGAGUAGGCAAGCACUUUUGGGCCUUUCAGCUGGAGGGGGAAAACUUUGUCCCCGACAUUGUCACCAUGGGCAAGUCUAUCGGCAAUGGCCACCCUGUUGCCUGUGUGGCCACUACCCAAGCUGUGUCAAGAGCAUUUGAGGCCACUGGUGUAGAAUACUUCAACACGUUUGGUGGCAACCCAGUGUCCUGUGCUGUGGGGCUGGCAGUCCUGGAUGUCUUGGAAACAGAACAACUCCAGGCUCAUGCCACUAAUGUGGGCAGUUUCCUAAUGGAGCACCUCAGCCAGCAGAAAGCCAAGCACCCUAUCAUUGGAGAUGUUAGGGGCACUGGGCUCUUCAUUGGUGUGGAUCUGAUCAAAGAUGAAACCUUGAGGACACCAGCAACGGAAGAAGCUGAAUACUUGGUCUCCAGGCUGAAGGAGAACUACAUUUUACUGAGCACAGAUGGCCCUGGGAGGAAUGUCCUGAAGUUCAAACCUCCAAUGUGUUUCAACCUGGACAAUGCACAGCAUGUAGUAUCAAAGCUUGAUGACAUUCUAACAGACAUGGAAGAAAAACUGAGGAGUUGUGAAACACUGAGUAUCCAGCCCAACUCAGUCAAACACCCUCCAGCUUUGCCUUGAAAAAGAUGCAGUUCAGGCUUUGGAGUUAGAGGGGCCUGGGAUGGAAGGAGCUAAGCGCCUGGCACAGCUUUGCCUUUCUGCCCACAGGUAUGUGUGUACCAAGACUCAGGACAGCCACAAAGCUAAGCACAAUCCACUGUGCCCCCAUUAUUCUCCCAGUGCAAUGAAAAUGUCCCCUUGGCCUGGGGCCCCAUGCUGCACAAUGAGGAAAGAUAUGGCUCUUUCAGUCCAUGGAGCCAUGAGCCAUAGCAGCAUAAGCACACAGCCUCC